GCAGCCAAGCAGAGCAGAAGUUUUGCUAAACAAAUUCUCUGCUCUCUCCCCCUGGACUCAGUAUAUCUGGGGCUCCAGCACACCCUACGGUCUCUACUGGAAGUCUCUACCUACCACCAUGCCACACCUGGUUGCUCUAUGCCUCAGCCUGGCUGCUCUCCCGGGCCUUGGGAUGGGGGCCUCCUUGUGCCUGUCACAGCAAUUCAAGGCAAAAGGGGACUACAUACUUGGUGGGCUAUUUCCCCUGGGCUUAACUGAGGAUGACACCCUCAACCAGAGAACACAACCCAAUAGCAUCUUGUGCACCAGGUUCUCACCCCUUGGUCUGUUUCUGGUCAUGGCUAUGAAGAUGGCUGUGGAGGAGAUCAACAAUGGAUCUGCCUUGCUCCCUGGGUUGCGCCUGGGUUAUGACCUAUUUGACACAUGCUCAGAGCCUGUGGUCACCAUGAAGCCCAGUCUCAUGUUCAUGGCAAAGGUGGGCAGUCACAGCAUCGCUGCCUACUGCAACUACACACAGUACCAGCCGCGUGUGCUGGCCGUCAUUGGCCCCCACUCAUCAGAGCUUGCCCUGAUUACAGGCAAGUUCUUCAGCUUCUUCCUCAUGCCACAGGUCAGCUAUAGCGCCAGCAUGGAUCGGCUCAGUGACCGAGAAACAUUUCCAUCCUUCUUCCGCACAGUGCCCAGUGACCGGGUGCAGCUGCAGGCUGUUGUGGCUCUGCUGCUGAAUUUCAGCUGGAACUGGGUAGCUGCCUUAGGUAGUGACGAUGACUAUGGUCGGGAAGGUCUGAGCAUCUUCUCUAGCCUGGCCAAUCCACGAGGUAUCUGCAUCGCCCACGAGGGCCUGGUGCCGCUGCACGCCACCAGUGGUCAACAGCUGGGCAAGGUGUUUGAUGUUCUACAACAAGUGAACCAAAGCAACGUGCAAGUGGUGGUGCUGUUCGCCUCCCCCCGUGCUGUCUACUCCCUUUUUAGCUACGGCAUCCAUCAGGGCCUCUCGCCCAAGGUAUGGGUGGCUAGUGAGUCCUGGCUGACCUCUGACAUGAUCACGACACUACCCAAUGUUGCCCAUGUGGGCACUGUGCUUGGGUUUCUGCAGCGAGGUGCCGAGCUGCCCGAAUUCUACCAUUAUGUGGAGACCCACCUUGCCCUGGCUGCUGACCCAACAUUCUGUGCCUCACUAAAUGCUGAACUGGACCUGGAAGAGCAGGUGAUGGGGCAACGCUGUCCACAGUGUGACCAUGUCAUGCUGCAGAACCUGUCAUCUGGACUGCUGCAGAACCUAUCAGCUGGGCAGUUGCACCACCAGAUUUUUGCAACCUAUGCAGCUGUGUACAGUGUGGCCCAGGCCCUUCACAACACCCUACAGUGCAAUACCUCAAGUUGCCCCGCAUCAGAGCCUGUUCAACCCUGGCAGCUCCUGGAGAACAUGUACAACAUGAGUUUCCGUGCUCGGAACCUGACACUGCAGUUUGACGAUAAAGGGAACGUAGACAUGGAGUAUGACCUGAAGAUGUGGGUGUGGCAGAGCCCUACGCCUGCACUGCACACCGUGGGAACCUUCAACGGCACCCUUCAGCUGCAGCACUCCGAGAUGUACUGGCCAGGGAACCAGGUGCCAGUGUCUCAGUGCUCCCGGCAGUGCAAAGAAGGCCAGGUGCGCAGAGUAAAGGGCUUCCAUUCCUGCUGCUAUGACUGUGAAGACUGCAAGGCAGGCAGCUACCAGAAGCAUCCAGAUGACUUCGCCUGUACUCCAUGUAAUCACGAUGAGUGGUCCCCAGAGAAAAGCACAGGCUGCUUACCUCGUAGGCCUAAAUUCCUGGCUUGGGGAGAGCCAACUGUGUUGUUACUACUCCUGCUGCUUUGCCUUGUGCUAGGCCUAGCACUCGCCUCCCUGGGGCUCUUCAUCCACCACUGGGGCAGCCCUCUUGUUCAGGCCUCAGGUGGGUCACGGUUCUGCUUUGGCCUGGUCUGCCUAGGCCUCUUCUGCCUCAGUGUCCUUCUAUUCCCAGGACGGCCAAGCCCUGCCAGCUGCCUUGCUCAACAGCCAUUGGCUCACCUUCCUCUCACAGGCUGCCUAAGCACACUCUUCCUGCAAGCAGCCGAGAUCUUUGUGGAAUCUGAGCUGCCACUGAGCUGGGCGAACUGGCUAUGCAGCUGCCUUCGGGGACCCUGGGCUUGGCUGGUGGUACUGCUGGCCAUUCUUGUGGAGGCAGCACUAUGUGCCUGGUACCUGAAAUCCUUCCCACCAGAGAUGGUGACAGACUGGUUGGUGCUGCCCACAGAGGUUCUGGAGCAUUGCCGCAUGCGUUCCUGGGUCAGCUUAGGCUUGGUACACAUCACCAAUGCAAUGCUGGCCUUCCUCUGCUUCCUGGGCACAUUCUUAGUACAGAGCCAGCCUGGUCGCUACAAUCGUGCCCGUGGUCUCACCUUCGCCAUGCUAGCUUAUUUCAUCAUCUGGGUCUCUUUUGUGCCCCUCUUGGCCAAUGUGCAGGUGACUUAUCAGCCAGCUGUGCAGAUGGGUGCCAUUCUGUUCUGUGCCCUGGGCAUCCUGGCCACCUUCCACCUACCCAAAUGUUAUGUGCUUCUGUGGCUGCCAAAGCUCAACACCCAGGAGUUCUUCCUGGGAGGAGGCCCCAAGGAGGCAGCAGACAGGAGCAACAGUGGAGGUGACAGUUCAGGGGCACAGUGAGUGAACCCUGACCCAGUGACCUCUCCUUUAGUGAGCCCAGCCGACAACCCCCAGAUAGUACAUCAACCUGAGACUUGAGCCGCUUAACUACAGACUGACUCUAAGUCGUCCACUGAACUUAGUCCCACAGUGACCCCCUCCCAGGCCUGCAAUGUGCAAGAUGGAUCCUAUAAUCCCACCUAU